ACCUUGAAACCAACUCCAUGGUGGAAGGGCGUGUAUGCAGACUGAAGGUGGUAGGAGGCAUAUUGCCGGACGUUCGCAUUCAGUGAUGAGUUUCUGGCAGUGGCAACAGCGAUGUGAGACAAGAAGUGUAGCUAAGCUAGAGAGAUAAGACGAAUCCCAGUUCAAUAAAACACCUCGUCUGAAUAUAAUCCACACAAUUUGUUAAACACUACAGGACCGCACACAGUGAACAUGUCGGUGUUGGCUCUGCAAGAGUAUGAAUUUGAGAGACAGUUCAACGAAGAGGAAGCCAUACGAUGGAUGCAAGAAAACUGGAAGAAGUCCUUCCUCUUCUCAGCCCUCUAUGCUGCCUGUAUACUAGGGGGCCGCCAUGUGAUGAAACAAAGGGAGAAGUUUGAGCUGAGGAAACCACUCGUGCUCUGGUCGCUCACUCUGGCAGUGUUCAGCAUAUUUGGUGCUGUCCGCACUGGAAGCUAUAUGACAUACAUUCUGAUGACCAAAGGGCUCAAGCAGUCGGUGUGUGACCAGAGCUUCUACAAUGGGCCGGUCAGCAAGUUCUGGGCCUACGCCUUUGUGCUCAGUAAAGCACCAGAAUUGGGUGACACCCUGUUCAUCGUGCUGAGGAAGCAGAAGCUCAUCUUCCUCCACUGGUACCACCACAUCACGGUACUGCUCUACUCCUGGUACUCCUACAAGGACAUGGUGGCAGGUGGCGGAUGGUUCAUGACCAUGAACUACCUGGUCCACGCCGUCAUGUACUCUUACUACGCCCUGAGAGCGGCUGGCUUCAAGGUCUCCCGGAGGUUCGCCAUGUUUAUCACACUGACGCAGAUCACCCAGAUGCUGGUGGGCUGCGUGGUGAACUACCUGGUCUACUCGUGGAUGCAGCAGGGCCAGGAGUGCCCGUCGCACGUGCAGAACAUUGUCUGGUCCUCGCUCAUGUACCUCAGCUACUUUGUGCUCUUCUGCCAGUUCUUCCACGAAGCCUACAUCGACAAGACCAGGAAGGCAGCCGCUGCCAAGGCAACAGCCGUCUCGGCCAGGAAGGCCCAGUAGGCAGGAUUUGGGAGGGAAAGAAUGCUGACAGGUGGACUUUGAAGGGACCAGUGACCGACGAGAAAGGGGGGAGAACUAUUGCAGAAUGGACGGAGGAUGGAUUGAGGGAUGGGUGAUAAACGGAUGGAGGAAUGAUAAAAGGGUGAGCUGGUGGGAAAUAAAAGUUGGGGCUUCUGUCUUUUUGUGCUUUAGCAAUACUACUAAUGCGCAGGCGUCAGAUCCUUCGCGUUGACGGAGGAGCCAUGUCCUGAGAGCUGCACUGAAGAAAGUACUAUCCACCAAGGCAGCGAACAGUCAGUGUGUCCUUAUCCGGGUAUUUCUUUGGCUCCCACCUGAUUCUCUACAUUUAUGAUAAAAAUAUAAAAUAAAAUUGAAGGGACAGUUGAAUUUAUACCAGAUAAAGGAAGAUCUACUUAAGUUACUUGAUGAAAAGGAAACAUAUUGGUACUCAUGAAGAACUGGGUGGCUUAAUGUAUGACUGAAACCAUCUAGGUGUGUUCUGUCAAUGUAUUUUUCUUUCUUGUUCUUUAUUUCGGUUUUUUGGCACUGGGUGUGUGUGAAAGAUAGACUUGUGUAUGACGGCUGCUACGUGUUCACUGGAUGACUUGGCCCGACAGAGCGAACAACACUGGAACUUCUGCAUUCUUCACUGCAACACAAUAUUUUCUCAGGUCUUAGGUUUUUCUGUAUGUUUUCUGAUAAUAUGCAUAUCAUCAUGAUAAACAGCUUAAUACAGACCAGAUAUGGGCUUAAACUGUGCCUAAAGGCAUUACGAGGGGGUUGGGUGCCUAGUUACUUUGAAUCUAAAGGCAUAGAUUAUGGAGAAAUUGAUACAUGAAAAAAGUCAGUUUCCCAUUUUGAAAGUGUUUCAACACUUUCGGUCUUCAUGAGCAUGAUAUCCUGCGUAGCCUAAUGACCAGAUCCAGCUCCUAAUCUAUGUAUUGUCAGUUUGAGCUCAGAAUGAUCAGAACAAGUUCUGCAUGUCAUACAUUUAGCCCAACAUGUACUACCGUGGCUGUUAAGGUGCGGCCUGUAUUAUCCAGUCAAAUCCUAUGGCUUUGCAUAGGCUCUAGUGCAAUAGCAGCUGGCUCGAGUCUUCUUGAUACCCCUCUUCCCCUUCCUGCUUGCCCCGCCCCCACUACAAAACCAUGAGCCUAUGAGACGUCUUGCACCUUGCAUCCUUGUAGAUCAUUGGGUGGCCCUGUUCAGCAGGAUCACAUCUUCAAUGCAUAGUGGGUACAUUUUGGCCAACUCUCCGAUCAUUAUACGACAACACUUUUACCCAUGACACAUUGCAGUAUUAAUCCUGUUUGACACUGCCAAUAAAUCAUGUGACCACACUAUGUGUGUGGCAUGCUGGGAAAAGGACUCUGAUAAUGACCUGUUCACUUGCCUGUAAUGACCUCAAUGACGCCAACUUUAUUGGAAAGCGAGCUGUCAUUCAUUUCCAAAGACGUUAAUGAAGGAACGUGUCUCAGAAUUAUGCCUUGACACUGGUGUACAUCUAAGUGAAAGUAAAACAUACUUGUGUUGAGAGAGUAAAAACAUGCAAUUGUCAAAAUUCACUGUUAUAACUUUUAAGUAACCUGUAUCUUUUAAUGGUCUUUGUUGUGCUAUUGUGUUCACAAUGUAUCAAUGUAAAGCAUUGUUGCUAAAGAGGAUAUUAACUUAUGAACCAUGAGUGCAAACAAAGGAGUGUUAUUCUGCUUUACAUUGUCCUAUCUGUUUAUUUUCAUACUGUCCUUGGCUUUGGCAUCACAGAUAACAAUCCUUCCUAUGAUUUGAUCAGUUACUCAUUGGUGAUUUAGUACUAUCUUAGUAAAAGUAAAGGACUUUUUAUAGUGUG